UGAUUGAGAGUAUCAUAUGCAUGCUCACAGAUACAGACACACACACAUACACAAACACACACAUAUCUCCACCGCCUUGUGUUGAGGGUUUCUGUCCCCCAGCGCGUUAAAAGGCGCUGUGGGUGAUAAAAGCUCAGGCACACUUGGAGCUGAACCGCUGGCCGCGCAUGAAAAGAAGCGCACCUCGCCGGACCCGGAGCGCACGGCGGAGGGGCGGAUCUAUCAUGACACUGACAUCUGCUCUCUGAAAUCUCACUCAUUCGCCAAGUAGCUCUCUUAGACAGGGGAUCCCGGCGUUUUAGAAAUUAAUCCUCUUUUCAUUAAAAGCUGAUACAUGUGCGCAUGGUGCAGCAGAGGACUCCCCCGUGCGCCUUCGCUUCUCCAGAUGGGUUGACUGAGUGAGAAGCACCGAGACCGGAUGGUUCCGCCCCGCGGUGCAAACUUCGGGCUGGUCCAAACUUCGCGGCUCAGCCCGGUAUGAUCGUUUCCAACGUGAGCCUGAGCUGUGCGCACUGUCCCGGGGGAGGAGCCGGCGGCACGGCGGCGACGGCGACGGAUGCGUACGAGGAGGUAUCCGGUUCUCUGCCUCCUCCGUCCCUGAGCCCGACAGGGCACCUGGUGGUGGCGGUGUGCCUCGGCUUCAUCGGCACCUUCGGGUUCCUCAGUAACUUCCUGGUACUCACGCUGUUCUGCCGGUACCGGGCUCUGCGCACGCCCAUGAACCUCCUGCUGGUGAGCAUCUCGGCGAGCGACCUGCUGGUCAGCAUCCUGGGCACCCCGUUCAGCUUCGCGGCCAGCACCCAGGGGCGGUGGCUGAUCGGACGCGCUGGGUGCGUCUGGUACGGGUUCGUUAACGCAUGUUUGGGCAUUGUUUCCCUGAUUUCCCUGGCCGUUCUGUCCUACGAGCGUUACUGCACCAUGAUGGCAACCACUAUAGCCGACGGCAGAGACUUCCGCCCAGCGCUGGGAGGGAUCUGCUUCUCCUGGCUCUACUCCGUGGCCUGGACUGUCCCUCCGCUGCUGGGCUGGAGCAAAUACGGGCCCGAGGGUCCCGGCACCACCUGCUCGGUCGACUGGAAGACCCAGACACCAAACAAUAUCUCCUACAUCGUUUGCCUGUUCACCUUCUGCCUGGUUCUGCCGUUCAGUGUCAUCCUCUACUCGUACGGCAAGCUGCUGCACGCCAUCAGACAGGUCCGCAGUGUGAGUUCGGUGGUGACCCGCCGCAGAGAGCAGCGAGUGCUGGUGAUGGUCGUCACGAUGGUGGUUUGCUACCUGGUCUGCUGGCUGCCUUACGGGGUGGCGGCUCUGCUCUCCACCUUUGGCCCCCGUGACCUUUUAACCCCGGAGGCUAGCAUCACGCCCUCAUUGCUGGCCAAGUUCUCCACCGUCAUCAACCCCUUUAUCUACAUCUUCAUGAACAAACAGUUCUACAGGUGUUUCAGGGCGUUGGUCAGCUGCUCCACCCCCGAGCGAGGCUCCUCCUUAAAGACAUUUUCGCGGGCGACCAAGACGCUCCGAACCGUCCGCCAGGAGAAGGAGCACCAAGUGUCCGCUGCCGCCCCCUGUUCAGUCAUGCCCACUCCCAACUCCAUCCACGGAUCCUCACAGGGAGCCAACGACGUGACUCUGUCUCCAUCGAAUCCGGCCUCUGUCGCUUCCCACAUCCGUGCUGCUGCUGCUGCUGCUAACAGCCCCAAACCCAAACUGAUUCUGGUGGCUCACUACAGGGAGUAAGAGCUGGGAAACAACAACAACAACAACAACAGGGGACGAACAUUUGCAGAAAGGAACAAUGAGCGGGGGCACAGGUCUCCAAUUAAGAAAAAAAAAAAUCCUCAUAAUAGUGAAAAAAAAGCAAGCUCGGUGGGAGUCUUAAAUACAAACUGGGACAUUUUAUUCCCUUAACAGAUUAUCAUUGUUCUGUGAAAUCGGCAAACAGGGACACAUGCAAAACGCCAGUCUCACCCUGCUUACCAGAGGCACUGUAUACAAAGCAGGAGGUAGAAAUGAAGACUAGGGCUAAACAUAGUGCUUCGUGUUAAGAUUACAGACUUCUGUCAUUAGAAUGUAUCUGCUGUAAUCACAUCCAUCACACAAGAGCACAAAUGUUGCGUCGAAGCUCACUUACCUCUGCCGAAAAAUUAAGCAGAAAGGGCCCAGAGGGAGGCAUCCAGGAUCACGAACAUUUAACAAACUUGUGUAGUUUUGUCUUGGUGUAAAAGACGACGAAAGGGUGGCCGUUUGCUUCCGCACAUCAAGACAAAUAAUUUUAGUUUGACGCGUGGGGGGAAAAAAAGGUCAGGGGCUCGAGGUGUCAGAACGCAGCCUACGCAGAGCCAACAUGAAGAGGCUGAUUACAAAAUGACAUGUCCACUGUUUUUUGGGGGGAAAAAAACGAUGCCUGCUUUUACAAAAUGCUUGAAAGAAAGUGACGUUGUGGGUUAGUACUGAAGUGAUUUCUCACGCCGGGAGAGGUCCGCUUACAAAACUACAUGUUUAUAAGGACAGGAAGAUACACUUGAUGCAGCGAAGGUUUUGGAAAUUAAGUGUUUUUUGGAAUAAAACCCUUUAUUUGUGAAUUCAGAUGUGUAUAUUUUUGGAAGAUUUGUUAAUGAAUGUGAAGUGUGUAGCAUCUUAAGGGGAGCGUGUUCACCGCAGGGCCGAGAAUCAUCACGUUUAUUAGGCCCGGCGUUAGCACGUUAGCGAUGGAACUAAGCACGAUAGCACUUUACUGAUUCAGAGGAACCAGAUGGAGAGGAAGACGUGAAAUUGCAUUUGCCGCACCCCAUUAAUUCAAUUACAUACACACACACAUACAAAAAAAAAAUAUAUCCACGUAAAUAGGUCAAGCCUUUUGCUUGUAUUGAUGAAGUAUAUUUGUUACGUAACUAAAUAAUGUUCUCUCUUAAUCUGAGAAAUAAUUCAGGAACAUUUUGGAGAAGCAUAGCGUUCUUUGGCGGAGAUUUCAUAAACUGUUUGGUGGUGGGGUUUUUUUGUAAACGGAGCAAUGAGAUAUUUUGUCAGCUCAAGUGUGUAGCUACUGUUAGCAGGAUUAUUCUCCCUUUUUUUUCCCGAUGAUAAUUCGGUUGAAGAAGGGGGUAAAGCGUUUUCUCCUGACCCCGUUUCCAUGGCUGAUAUUUAAAGAUUUGAUACAGAGUAUUAAAGGUUUGUUAGCAGUGUAAAGCAACAAUUUAUGCAAUUUAGAACUGUCAAGGUUUUUAAUUAUGCCUUUAUUUACACUUUGCGGCGUACAGGCCAUCUGUCAUCGAUGCGGGGAUUGUUAUGAAAGCCAUUAAAAGGGACAUUUCACAAGGUUAUGAGGGACAUGUAAAGAGAUUUCACUGUUUUAAGAUGUCUAGAUGUUUCUGAAGCUGCUGUUUAGUGGAAAUGUGGUUUUGUGUUUGUGUGUCUCCUAAUGUAUUUUUCUUUGCUUAUGUAACAUAAAUGA